AUGUCGGAAGAUGAAGGCGACGACUACUUCCAUGAUGAAUGGUGGGAGUCCCUGGCUAUUGAUCAGCUGAUGGAUUCCCAGCUGCUGGCCGUUGAGCAGGAAGCUGUGGAGCAACAACAACAGCAACAGCAAGGGUUGGAAGCGCAGGCGGCUUGGACUCCGUCGGUGCACGACAAGAGCCAUGAAAAUCAGGAAGUGGAUGAAGUGACAACUACUUCGCUUCGAGCGCAGCUCGAUGAGUUGCGGGUCUUGUACGAUAAGCAGGCCGAGUUGGUCCGCCAGCUGCGGCAAGAGGCACAGCAGAAGCAAGGGGAAGUUGCGGUUGUGCGUGCGAACUUGAAUCGUACACAACAACAGCAUGUAGGGCUUCAGCAAAAUCAGAACCGAAUGGAGCAGGAAUAUCGCGAACGUAUCGAAUCUUUGCAGCAAGAGAACCGGCGCCAAUUAGAGCGCAUGGAGACAGCGGCAGCUUUUCGCCGGAUUGAGCAAGAUUCAAGCCGCUCUGCGUGGCCAUCUACAGCCAGACGCCGGGCUCCUAUUCUUUUUGAUACUUCCAAACCGACACCAGGCCCCAGUACGCAGGAUCCACUUCUCUCUACGCCCACGCGCUCUCGCCGUGUUCAGGUCAAACACAUGCCACCGACAACCUCGCCGCUAUCGUUGACGCGACGCAAGCGGCCUAUACCCUAUGUGAAUGAAGAGCCUUCCAGCCCAUCCAAGUCGCGGUCUGUGAACGCAGCCAGAAUGACGCCACGGGCAUUUCCACGAUUCGAGAAUACGUUCUUGCCACCUCAUCCGACGACGAAUGAGCCUGUGGCUGCCAGUGGUAGUGUUGUCUCUGAAAGAGUUCCCAGGAAUGUACCAGUGUCAGCCGUUCCCUUGAUACGCCCUGCGCUUCCACAAACAACACCAGUAACAGAGCGCCCUGGAUCUCCAACUACGUCGAUUCCAGCACGAUCACCAUCUCCGUCGUCAUCCACGCCGACGCCAUCGCCAGAGGCAGAACGCCUUCUCGAGUCUCAAGAUGGGAACGAUGCACCCGAUACUCGUGACCAUAUAUUGACGGCUAUCUUUACUCUGCAAACGCGCUGGAUUACUCAUGUAUUGUGCCAUCCAUGUCGAGCGUCCUGCAUAUAUCCGAUCAUAACGUCUGAGCCUGGGGCUCCGAGUGACUCGGCAUCUCAACAGCAAUCGAAGCUACAGAGGCCACUACAGUCAUUCCCUUCGCUUCCUCAUCGCCAACCUGAAUCCAUGCUGUUGUAUAUACUAACGGAAGAGCUUCCCACGCAAACCCUUCCCGGUGUUCGCACUCGAUACCGUCGUGCGGCAGACCUGUUAUGGCAGAGUGUGCUACGUGGCAGCUCAUAUGCAGCCUUUUUCUCAGAAUGGGAGCCAGUCGUGCGACAGGCGAUGCGUGCGUGUCAAGGAGCAGAUCCUUCGAGACAGCUCCAUUCCAUCGUGCAACAAGUCUGGUCUGAGCUAUCGCAUCAUCUGUACGAGGCAGUGGCUGUGGCGAUUCGGAUCAUUACAGGGAUUUUCCUGCACCUCUCUAUGACAGAGAGCAUUUGCCGAAUGCUCGCAUGGAUGGCAUCUCUAGGCAUAGCACACACCGCGUUCGUGCCGCACAUCACGAAACGAGUCGGUGGCCUUCCAUGGGUCACAGCGACGCAAGUGCUCAAUGUGACGACGUCGCAAUAUUGUGAUGCGACGACGCCGCCGGCAGCAUCGUCAUCACAGACAGCGCAAGUGCCAGUGACGCCAAAGCACGUUCGCAGCGACGCCAGCACGCCUACCAGCAUGAUGCAGAUUAUGAUUGAAUGUGUGCGCAAAGCAUCUACUAGAACGGAUUUGAGCAGCCUAAACGCUAGCGUCAUGCGCACUUGCAGCAGCGCCCACGUAUCGGGCAAUGCGGGGCCAUUGUCUACACCACAGCAAGCACGGCACAUGGUGCUCUUGAGUGUGUUGCGUCUAUGCAAAGUCAUAGCAUGGACUGUAGCGCCGCAAGGAUUUCAAGAUUUGCACCCAUUUCUCCAGAGUCCUGGCGUUGUUCUUGCACUCCUGGAUACGCCAGCGAGCGAAUCGUCUGUCCUCAUUCAUACUCUGCAGCUGUGUGUGAUGACUGUGUCGGAUCCACUGACAUUGCACAUCUGUCUUUCGGCGCAGUUCGACACGACAUGGCAAGCAGGCAUUCCACCGCGACUGAGCCAAGCGCGAUUCCCCGUGCUGGAUGUGCUCGCCAAGCACCUUGUGGACCGGCGCGGCGACUGUGCUCCACAGAUGGCCCACGAGAUCCACAUGUCGAUCCUGUAUUUCCUGACACAAGCGGCCCGAUGGCCCGACACUUCUAUCAUGCUGGCUGAGUGCGUCCCGCUCCUGCCGGCCCUGAUCCAGUGCCUCAGUUGGGAUGUGGCGCUCGUCUGGAACACCGAGCCGGUCCCCGCGUCGCCCGCCGCGACCUAUGCCGAAACGUACGUAUCCAUUUCGUAA